GGAAGAUUUAGAAGUAUUUUUUUUGGGAUCAGUGUCUAUAGGAAGAAGACAGGCAAAGUGACCUCAGUCUUCAUCCCUUCCUAUCUUAAGACUAAAAGAGUAACUGAACUUUUCCCAAGAUGUCCAGCCAGCAAACCCAGCAGAAGUGUCAGCUCCCUGCCAAGUGUCUUCCCAAGUGUCCACCGAAGUGCCUCGCUCAGGCCCCUCAGGCCCCACAGGCCCUGGCUCCCUGCCCAGUUCCCUGCCCCCCACCUGUCCCCUCCUGCUGUGUCCACAGUUGCUGUACCACUGGCUUCGGAAGCUGCUGCUCUCUGGGGUCUCAUCGGUUUCCGGAUGUCUGUCUAGGCCCACUUCAGCCUUCCAACUGCUGGGAGAGGGAGUCCUCUGGGUGUUCCAGUUGUUGCCAUGGAUUUGGGGGCUGCAGCUUUUGAUGAGCUUCGGUUCAUCCAUAGCCAAGGCUGAGCCUGGAGUUGACGACGUUCCUCACUCGCACCUUGUUCUCAUUCUCCUCCUGAACUAAGAUGCCUAGAUGUGUACUUAAAGAAUUCCUCUUUUUGCUAAAAACCUCAGACCUCUUGGCCUUGGCUCUUUCCUACAUCAAUACCUGAAUGCUACAAAAAACUCUGCUUCCCACAGCG